AUGUCUCGUCUUGAAGCUAAAAAGCCUCCGUUAUUUAUUCGUGAACCUUUAACUAAAGAUGCAGUUAGUCAGUCACUGUCUCUGCUGAGUGGGAUAUUAAAAUCUUGCUAUGGUCCUGCUGGUAGACUCAAACAGCUCCACAACGGCAUGGGAGGCUAUGUUUGCACAACUUCACAAUCCUCAGCUAUACUCGGUCGUCUGUCUGUCAGUCAUCCUGUGUUAAGUGUUUUGAUGGCCUCCGUACAGAACCAUAUAUCCCGCUUCAGUGACUGUGGCUUAUUUACUGCCAUUCUUUGCUGUAGUUUGAUUGAAAACUUUAAAAGCCUAAAUGUGGCACCUUGCACUGUCAUUAAAAUAAGCAAGCAUCUUCUGAGUUUGUGUAUGGACUACCUCAAAUCUGAGGCCUGUGGUUGCCGAGUUUCCGUGGAUUUUAGCAGUGUUGAGACUCUUCUUUGUUUGGUACGAAGCGUAUUAACAAGUAAGCCUGCUUGCAUGCUUAAUAAACCAGAAGUUGAUCAUCUCACUGCGCUGAUUUUAAAGGCUUUUCUGUUUACUGUUCCAUGUCAUGUUGAGACUAAUGCUGUUUUAGGAAAGUGUGUAAUAGUACCUGUGAAAGGUAGAAGAGUUGCAGAUUCUACAGUUCUUCCCGGACUACUGAUAGAAACUCCAGAAAUUCAUUUGGCAAAACCACUUACUGUCAAAAGAACCUGUUCGGACCUGGUCAAGGUAGCCCUCUUCUGUGUGUCCAUGGCAGGAGACCUGUCCAACCCUGAGGAAGGAACUAUAACAGUCCAUCACGGAAUUUCUCUAGAAAUGUCGGAGCUGAAUCAGUUGCUUAAUAUAGGAAAGCAGCUGGUUAGUGAUGAGGUUGGCCUUGUAGUGUGCCAGAAAGUUAUCCAUCCAUCUCUGAAACAGUAUCUGAAAGAGAACCAUGUCAUCGCUCUGGACAGAGCUGGGCUAUCUCUGAUGGAACCCCUGAGUCAGAUGACAGGUUCAAAGCCUAUAGCUUCCAUACACUUGUUGUCUCCUAGUUGUUAUGGCAGUUUGAAAGAUGUAAGCAUUGAGAGUUUUGCUUCAAAACAUUUUGUGCAUCUAAUUCCUAAGGAUGCAGUUGUCUGCAGCUUGAUACUCUGUAACAGAAAUGAAACAGCAUGGGAUGAAUUGAAGUGCGCCUGUGAAACUGCAGAACAUGUGCUGCAGUUAACAAUCAAGGAACCUUUGGCAUUGUUAGGAGGUGGCUGUACAGAAACUCACUUGGCUUCGUAUGUAAGACACAAGAGUUGUAGUUUGUCCACCACCAGUUUUAAAGACAUGGAUUGUUCUCGGACACAAUACCAAUUGGUUGCUGAUGGUUUUUGCCGUUCCCUGGAGUCUGUAGCUUGCUCUCUGAAUCAUGAUGGUGGAGAAAUACUUACAGACACAGUUUAUGGACACUGUUGGCUUGUUCCAUCAGGUUUUCCCUCUGUCUCUAAUUGGUCAGAUUUAGUUUCAAAAUGUGGCUGUGGAAUUAAUGGUAACAAUGAGAAUCUCAACUGGAGGCUUUUGCAAGGCCAGUUUGGCUCCCCUGUUAUACAGGGCUGCCCUGAAGCGCCCUCAGUUAAGGUUGCUGACUUUCUGACAUUGGACUGUUUUGCUGCAAAGUGUAGUGGCCUCCAGGUAGCUCUGGAGACAGCCAAUCUGAUUUUGGAUCUCUCAUAUGUAAUUGAAGAUCAAAAUUAG